GGCAACUCCUCCCUGAAAAUGCAACCUCACCAAAGCCCCCGUGCACCGCGGGAACGGAGCAGGAACGGACGCGCAGUCUGCGCUCACCUGGCUUUAUUACUAAACCCAGCUGUUCACGUGCUCAGCCCAGCCCAGCCCAGCUCCAUGUCCCCCUACAUUAGUAAGGGAUCUUUCCCCGAGUGAUUUCCCCCUUUCUCUCCUCUCAUCCGAGCCGGGAGGGAUGCUGUUGCUGCUGCUGUGAGGGAGAGAGGUGAACGCAGUUGGAAAAGCAGCUUUUUUUUUUUCUUCCUUCCUCUCCUCCAGAGCUCCUCCUCUGCCGUCGGAGAGCGGACACCGGGCACAUUUCUUUGCUCAAUGAGAGCAAGAGGGCACCGGAGAGGAUCUGCGGCUGUUUCCUCGCCUCUGACCAAGAGGCUAAUAUGAAGACAUCAUUUGGCAAACCAGACCCCGGAAAGCACCCCCAAUCCUUUCAACCCAUUUGAAACCCGAAGACAGCGUCAUGCAUUGCCUCCCGUAAAAGCCUGCUCCCUGCUCUUCCUACCAGUCAUAGACCGCGAGGACACCACGAGCUGCACAGACAUGGGGUCAGAUCAACCCUGCACGGGUGCCCUGGAGAGAAGGCCCACGUUGGGGGCCGCCUGUAAGCGGCAGGCCCACCGGUGCCUGCGGAAGAAGCUGAGACCGGUGCGAAUCGUGGGGUUUGUCCUCAGCCUGGUGGCCCUAAGUGCCGUCUCCUUCAGUGCCUUGACCUGGAGCUCAGCGGGUUUCAGUGAGCCGGUGCUCCCCCAGGAAAGUCUCCACCUGUCGACCCCCCACAGGACUCUACUUUUCACCCAACACCAGAGGGACCCCAAUGUGUCAGCCGACAUGCCAACAGCCAUGAAAUCUACAGCACAGUUCAACGAGUCCCAGGGGGAGUACCCGCCAGACCUUUUCACUCGGGAGGAGAGGCGCCAGGGAGCCGUGGUCCUCUACAUAUUUGGCAUGAUCUACAUGUUCAUCGCUUUAGCCAUAGUGUGUGACGAGUUCUUCGUCCCAGCGCUGACGGUCAUCACGGAGAAGCUGUCCAUUUCCGAUGACGUAGCGGGCGCCACCUUCAUGGCGGCAGGCGGCUCAGCCCCGGAGCUCUUCACCUCCAUCAUCGGGGUCUUCAUCUCACACAGCAACGUGGGCAUCGGGACCAUCGUGGGCUCGGCCGUCUUCAACAUCCUCUUUGUGAUCGGGAUGUGCGCCAUCUUCUCCAAGGAGAUCCUCAACCUGACGUGGUGGCCUCUGUUCCGCGACGUCUCCUUCUACAUCCUGGAUCUGAUCAUGCUCAUCAUCUUCUUCCUGGAUAACUUCAUCUCCAUGUGGGAAAGUAUCACGCUGCUCUCGGCCUACGCCGCCUACGUGGUCUUCAUGAAGUGCAACAGCACGGUCGAGAACUUCGUCAAGGGUUGCAUGAACAAGAACCAAGUGGUGGAAGUAGAAGUGCAGCCCAAGGAUGAGAAGGAAAGUCCCGGGGCGCCGGAGGAUGACGGCAAGCUGUCGGCCAGGCCCCGGCUUCAGAGGGGGGGCAGUUCCGCCUCCCUGCACAACAGCUUGAUGAGGAACAGCAUUUUCCAGCUGAUGAUUCACACGCUGGACCCUUUAAGUGAAGAAUUUGCUGACUCUGAGCUUGGGACUUAUGGGAAACUAAAAUAUUAUCACUCAAUGACUGAGGAAGGUAAAUUUCGAGAGAAGGCAUCCAUCCUUCACAAGAUCGCUAAAAAGAAAUGCCAAGUGGAGGACAGCGAGAAGGCCAACGGGGUAGCAAGCCGUUCAGAUAAGAACCUUCCAAACAGCUCCAGCGUGGAAGUGGAAGUGACACCACCCAUGAAUGGAACAGCAGGUCAAGAGGGAGAGACGGCUGAGGAAGAGGAGGAGGAGGACCAGCCUCUGAGCCUGUCCUGGCCCGAGUCCAACCGCAAGCGCCUCACCUACCUCCUCAUCAUCCCCAUUGUCCUCCCCCUGUGGAUCACGCUGCCUGACGUCAGGAAGCCGACGGCAAAAAAGUUCUUCCCCAUCACCUUUCUGGGGGCCAUCACCUGGAUUGCAGGCUUCUCCUACCUAAUGGUGUGGUGGGCUCACCAGGUUGGAGAUACCUUCGGGAUUACAGAGGAGAUUAUGGGCCUGACUAUACUAGCAGCUGGAACCUCCAUCCCUGACCUCAUCACCAGUGUCAUUGUGGCACGCAAGGGGCUGGGUGACAUGGCUGUGUCCAGCUCCGUGGGCUCCAACAUCUUCGACAUCACUGUUGGACUGCCGUUCCCCUGGCUCAUGUGGUCUUUCAUCAACGAACUGAAACCGGUGCAAGUCAGCUCCAACGGCCUCUUCUGCGCCAUCGUGCUCCUCUUCAUCAUGCUCCUCUUCGUCAUCAUCUCCAUCGCCGCCUGCAAGUGGCGCAUGAGCAAGCUGCUCGGCUUCAUCAUGUUCAUGCUGUAUUUCGUCUUCCUGGUGGUGAGCGUCAUGCUGGAGGACAAGGUCAUCACCUGUCCCGUUUCCAUCUGAGGACCUUGGAGGACCCGGUUACUCCCCCCCUCGUCACCACCACAACCCCCACCAACACAACCGUACUUCUUGUCCGCCAUCGCUCUCACCCGACCCUUCGUGAUCCUUCACCCCAGGAAUAUAAAUAGAAGACUAAGGAGGACUGGACGAGAGAUUAAAGCCGUUGUUGGACCAAAGUGGGCUCAGGACUAGGGCUUGGCUGGUUUGGCGUAGGCCUAACCUGAGUGGAUUUUUGAUUUAGUAUUAUCUAAUUAGCAAAUGAGGGGAGGUUCUGUGUGUAUCAGCCAAAUAUAGAAGCAUUAUGCAUGCCGUUAGUGUCAAUAGACGAGCUUGGACCCAGACCACGCCUGGUAGGUUGAGGACGACGACCUCCUGUGAACUUUGGGGGGGAAACCAAGACAUGCGCUGUAUGAAACUCUUAAUAAUACAUGCAGUGGCUGAAAUUGGGAGCAUAUUUGAACAUAGUUCCACAGACUGGGACGCUGUCGCCAAGAGUGAAUGGGAUUUUGUGGAUGAGGAUUUGGCAGACCGUGUGGGGGAGAAGGGUUUCCCGUCUGGUGGUAUUGAGCGAAAAGACUCUCGAGCAACAAGGAACGAAACGCUCGCUGGGCAGAGAAACUUCUCCUUAUUUAUUAUUUUGCUAAUUCAUAAUGCUCAGUCUCAAUAGCGAGUGUAAGCUUCCCCUCUCCCCUGUCGGAUGUCAUUUUUCAUCACUGAAUGUCUCUUCAGAGGAUUCUUCUUUGGAUUCAUUUUCAUGAAAUACAGUAUAUAGAAGUAGCAUUAGAUGUACUGUAGCAGUAUUAGGCGAUGUAGAGCCAUUUCGACAAUCCGCACCUCCUAUGUUGCCACUGACCACACAUCCUUCUGAUUGUACAGAGUUUCCCACGCUUCACACGCACCGACUGAUAAAGACAAGAAGAAAAAAAGCCUAAUUGAAGUUUAGCCUCUCAAAUAUUAUAUGCUAGCCUUCAGUAUCUUUCACUAGUUGGAGAAAAAAAAAAGACGUGAGUAACCUUAGGCUCAUAAAAGUUCCGUAAUGAAGUCAAUGUCAAAAUAAUACAUUUGAAAAAAAAAAACUUAACAGUGUAAGCGUCAUGGUUGAUUUAGAUUAUUCAAUGUGUAGUGCUCAACUCACCGGCUAGUCAAGCUCCUGGGGUCGUAGUUCCAAGGAGUCAACUGCAUGUUAAAGUAGACACCUGGAGGUGAAUAAUACCAACCAACAUUUAAGGAGUCGUAUACCUAAAUGUAUACUUUUUCAAACAUGUUUCAUAACUUCUUAAUGCAAACCAGUGCUCAGUCUCUAUGUAGAAAGUGUCGACAUGUACGGUCAAUGAUAUCUAUCGAACUUGUGCAAUUUCUUUUCUAAUCGAAGGUGCUUUUGUGUGCAUGUGUGCAAUCUGCAUUUAAAGUCAUCACACAAUGACCAUUUCUUAGAUUUAUCUAUGACUAGAGAUAUACUACCAGUAUUUUGCAACUAAUUGCAAAAAGAAAUACACACCAAACGGUGUUUGAUACUGGGACUAGAAACCAUAAUCACAACCUCUCCUUACGCUACAUAGAAUGUGGAAAUCACAAAUUUAACAGCAAUAUACCGCGUGUGUCGUUGAGAAUCGCAACCCCGCCCCCAAGACCCUCCCCAUGCGUCUGUCCUCGCUGUCCCUCGCUGUCCUUCCUGUCCGAUGUCGUCUCACCCCCUACGACAAAAAAGCGUGCGGCCAUUUUCCUCCUAAACCAACCCCCCCCCUUCCUGUUAGAGCUGGCCAGUAACACCUGCUUUACCUCAACACAGCCUCUGUACAGCAGCGGAGUAACUGUAAAAUAAUAGUACAUAGAUUCUCUGAAUGUGUGAGGAAAUGCAUGCGAGGAAUUUGGGCUGGUUACCCACUGACUGUACAGCUGAGCUUAGACCAACUAUAGAUGUUCACUUUUAUGCAUCCAUUCAAAAAGAAACACCAAGAACUCAUUGGUUUAACUCUGUAAAUAUACACUCUUUUGUUUGCAAGAACCUAAUGGCUCACACAUGUAUUCUUAUUAUAUAUUUUUUAAUAGUGGAUGGGAAAGGACAAAGAUAUGCUGGAGGCCCUUAAGUAUUAUAGUAUUAUUGAGCAAAAAGACAGCUCAUUUAUUUUUAGAUGACAUCUUAAUUGCAUACUUUACACUGUAAACAUGCCUGUUGAUCUGGUAAGAAAACAACGGUUGUAAUUGCCAUAUUAAUAAUAUGUUUUCUGACAUUUCUGGCUAAUGCACAGGUAGAAGAAAACUACGAUUCCUGCAAACUCAUAACACCAAACUCAUAUGUUAAACGAUUACGAUGACUCAAGUACUUUUGUGAAAUUCUCCUGCACACAUCUGCAUUUAAAUCUGUCCUCAGACCGCCCACACACACUCUCCUUAACAUAACACCUCACCUGCCGUUUUUACUCAACCCUUCUUUAGAAGAAGAGUUUUGGGAAAUGCACUUUUGAGCUUUCUUGCCAAGUUAGAUGAGAAGAUGGAUGCCACUUUCAUGUGAAGGCAGUAAAUACAAAGCUAGAGCCAGCACCUGAGAUCGCCUUAGCUUGGUACAAAAACUGGGAACUACCCAGUCUGGCUCUUGUUGCAUUUUCAGAUUGGGAGAAAGCUAUGAGGACGUACUUUUAAAUUCUUAUGUGUUCGAGGUUACCCUCACUCAUUGGUGAUCGUGAUUGAAUUAAAUUGAGGAGCUUUGGACUCAGUAUGAAAGAGAAGGAUAUUGAUUAGGUCUAACAUUAUUGAUACAGUGAUUCUGCCUAACCCGGCCGCAGCAUAUAUUGUGAAUAUACAUUAACAUUGAUAUCAAAGAUCAUUGUUAAACUCUACACUCUAUAUCCAAAGGUAGCGAAAUCCACCUACAAGCACCUCUAAAGCUAACUAACACAUUAUAUCUAGUUUGUAGCUAUUCAAAAAACAAGUUUAUGUGCAGACCAAGCUAACUUUUUCCCCUGUUGCCAGUCUUUGUGCUAAGCUAAGCUAACCGUUAGCAUGCUGUAGCUUCAAAUUUACCGUACAGCCAUGAGAGAGGUAUCAAUUUUCUUGUCUACUGCUUGGCAAAAAGGCGAAUACAUGUAUUUCCCAAAAUGUGUAAGUAUUGCUUCAAAAAGGUAUUCUGUACCUGUAUACUUCCAGUGCGAAAACCUACUUUCAAGACAACAAAUACUUCUUUCUUUCUCCAAAGUUCCCAUGGUGUUUAUGUGAAAGCACGAAUGGUUAAGGAUAAAAACCUAAA